AUGUCACGGUUUGGAUCCAUGCAUGACGAGGAGGACGAGAUCUUGGACGGCGACAACGGUGGCGCUUUCGUCGUACGCAGAGAAUCGGACGAAGACGGGAAUGUGCAUUCCGACUCUCCAAGAACCGCAUUGUUGUCUGCCAUAGACCAAAGCCGAGACAGCCUGAGCAUUGCGGAUCGUAAUAGCCUCAGGCGGCCUAGCAGGCGAGAGCGCGAACGUCGCCGGAGUAGUACAUACCGCGAGCUCCUCAAACUGCUCGUCAGCGAGGACGCUGAGGCCAAGCAGUCUCGUCGGACCCUCGAAGUGGCGCUCGAACGGUUGCAAACUGAAAACCAACGGGCACAACUAGCCGAACAACGAGCCCUCGAAAUGGCUGCACGGUUCAAGCAAGUGAACGACGCGCGGAUCGUUGCACAGCGCGAGGCAGACCGCUUGUCCCAGGAGCUGCGGCUGUACAGAGACCAACUCGAUGUGGCGCAGAAAGAGCUGCUGAAAGGUCAGGACCUCAUGAGGGAUCUGGAGGCACAGAGGGACGAUGCGGAGGCAGUGGCGGCAAGAGCACGUUCUACUGCAAGGCGGUUGAGGGAACAGCAGCUGGUCACUUUGGCACGAGAGGACGGAAGGCGCAUGGGCUACCAGGAGGGGUUGCGGAGAGGCUACGAAGAGGUGGGUGUCACUCCCCCAUCUCGGAUAGAUGCCCGCGUGCCUCCGGGUCGCGCGAUGCAGGGCGAAUACGACGACGAUGGCGAUGAUACUGGGCGCAUUACACCCCCCGGGCAAUAUACAUCUGGUGUAUUGAACCUUCCCUCACCUCCGACUGGUGCUCCUCCUAUUCCACCGUCUGACGUCGAUACGCUCGAUGAUCCCGGCCCUUCAAGACGGCGACAGAACGGAGACUACGCUAACACUGGCGCGCAAGGUUCGCGGUUCAUGGAGAACAUGACCCCAGCGACCAUGGCAUCUAUUCCCCUACCUGAUCGACGUCAGUCAUCUGGCCCUCAGUCCUGGCCACCACCUCCGAGCAGGGACAUCGAUGAGGAAGGCUUCCCUCGACCGAUCCCAAUACGAACUGCGUCGCCAGCGCCACACCAUCCCGACUACAGCAUCCCUCCGGACAACUAUGUACCAUCCGUCGACAGUGACAACUACAUCUCGUUGCCUCCUCCUCAUGAACUGGCCCGUGCACCUCCAGCUAUAGGGCAAGUCGACGAUCCUUCGCGGGGACCACCAGACUCUCGUUCAGGCCCGUCGCAAAGUACAUCCCGAGACUAUGCCUACAGGAGGCCCGCCUCUCCUAGGUCCAUGACGGAGUCGCUUCCGUCGACGAACAUGACGAUUUCCGACUUUGACCUGGUCAGUGCACCACGCACGCGUCCGAGCACUCGCGAGCGCGGGCCCAUCCUCAGCGCUAUCCCUGAGGCUGAAUUCAGCCCGCCUUCAUCCGAUGCACGCGCGAGAGGCGGCGCGAUGCCCGAGCCUGUCACCUUUCCCGUCCCAUCAUCGAGGCCAGAAUCUGGUUACAUGGGCAGCGAUGCUGGAAGGCGUCCCAGUUCGCGGCACUCGAGGCGAGAUGACGUAUCUGCUGCUGGUAGCUCCCGGAGGAGGAAACCGCCGCCCAUUCAGGAUGAGGCACCAGAGAAUGUGCGGCACUCGAAUGCAAGUGUCGCGGAGUGGCUUGAGAAGCAGUCAUCCCCCGAACAUGAACAUCGGGCUUCGCCUAUUCCUGAUCAGCGUUCACGCUACCGACAACCAUACGUGACGGACGUGACGGAGGAAGAUAGGCUUCCGUCGCCGUAUGAGAGACCGCCCUCUUCAGCUACUGGGUCUGCAACGCGGCAUCACAGGUCUAGGUCUGGCUCGUUGAAUCGCCCGUUCGUACCGCCGCCCUUACCACUUGACGACGACAGGAGAGGUGCCUCUCCGGAUGAUUCAAUCGAAAUCAGCAUUCAGCUUCCGUCCGGAACCGCGUCCCAGACAUCACCUGCACAUCCACUCGAGUCGGGCAAGCUGGCUCCAGAUGGUUCUGUACGACGUUCGCGCACGCCGCAACAACAUUUCGUCAUCCCCCCAAUACCAAUGCCUACCUCUCCUAUGAUGAGGGAUGCGCCUUCAAUGAGCACUCUCCAGUCUAUGCCCCAGAUGCCAAGUGGUUUCAUGCCUAUGGGCGCACCUCCGGUUGUGUACAACCAGUCUAUGCCCCCUGCGGCGUACAACCAGUCUAUGCCCCCCUCUGCAGCCUACAGCUCGCCGAGGGCGUCACACCGCCGCUUCUACUCGCAGCCAGAACUUGAGGAGGGACCUGUCGUUCCGAUGAUGCCGUCAAAUUCGUCUUCAGGUUCAAAGGCUAGACCUGCGCGAGGACCUGCCCCUGCACUCACCCGGGCAUCCAGUCGUGCCUCUGGAAGCGUGAGUUACGACGCGCCAGGCUCCCGCUCGAGGACCCCGAACAUACAGCCACCCACGCAUCCCUCGGCGGACUACGUCGCGGCGCCUAGCAGGCCUUACACUCCCACCCAGCCGCAGCAUAUCCCUCCGCCCAGUUCCCCGCGUAUGCGUAUGAUCCCGCCGCCCGCUCCGGCUACCCAGAUCUACCCCGACGGCUCGCGGUGGAGCCCACGCCCGAACGACGCGCCCCUGCCCAUCCCAGGCCCGAGCGAACCCAAGUACAUUCCUGCGCCCAGCUCUCCUCGCAUGGUUCCCCCGCCCGUGCCCGGCGCGUCGAUCUACUCAGGCGGCUCGAGGUGGAGCCCCAAGCCCGGGAACAUGCAGCUCCCCGGGGCGACGUUCAGCCCGCGCUCGUCGACCUCGCGCCUGUCUCUCGCGGGCGGGAACGGCCACCAGCGCAGCCUGAGCCUCAACGCGGGGCUGACGCCCGCGACAACGUCCCGGCCGCUCUCGUUCAAAGGCGCGGUGCCCGAGCUGCGGCGGGUGCCGUCCGCGAGCUCGGUAGGCAGCGCGCAGUCGCGACACUCGGGGUACUCGCACUUCAACCCGAACUCGUACAAGGACGUCGCGUACCUCGCGAGCUCUGAGAACUUGCGCGCUGCCGCCGCGGGGCAAAGCCCGGGGACGUGGGCGAAUACGAGGCAGAACGUGAGCGUGCAGAUGGGCCCCGGCGACCCGCAUGUGCGUAGUUCGAGUGCGCUGAGCUAUGUGAGCUCGAGUCGGGUUGGGUAG